AUUUGUUGUUUGACCUGCACAGUAGAGACAUCAUCGCUACACAUCGCGUUCGAUCCGAUUAUUAUCACUUAUUGUAACGAUAAUAGUUUUGAAUUUAUUGUCACACUGGACGGCAAAAAAAAACUUAGGUCAAAAAAGCAAUCUUCUACCUUUAUGCAUCAAGUUACACACAUAACCCCACAACAAAGUGGGCCGCAAGAUGACUGAAAUAUUCAGCGAUACAAUAAGCGGCUUGCAGUUGUUGCACUGGAUCGUUAGUCAAUCAGAUAUCUGGAAUUUAGCGAACAAAUGCGCUGAUUUCGUUCACAAAAUUCACGAACCCCUCGAACGCGGUGCUGCCGUUUUGGACAACAUAUUAACAUUGGAUGGAAGCGAUGAUGACGAAUCGGAUGUAAAUCAGUGGCUGUACGACGAUAAUUGGAUUGAGGUAGACAACAUGAUUUUCGAUGAAGUACACAACAUUAGGAAUGCAGGAAAUCGGAACGUAGAAUCACUAAACAAUGGUCCGCUAUUGCUAUCGCCUGUAAUGCAUAAUAAUGCCCAAAUGCAACGAGAAAAUAUCCAAGUAACACAGCCAUGUAGUGCACCAUCUUCAUCACCUUCGUCGCCAUCGCCAUCAUCGCCAGGCGCAGUACACAGUACGUCGUUUUGUAUGCCCUCGAGUGGAAAUCUAUGUACCAUAAUAAACACUGGAGAUCCGAAUUGGCAGGCAACAAAAUCGACGGUUCGUGAGCGGAAUGCUGCUAUGUUUAACAAUGAGCUGAUGGCUGAUAUCAGUUUCAUUGUGGGAAGUGAUGACAACAUACAAACAAUACCAGCCCAUAAAUAUGUUCUAGCAACUGGAAGUUCUGUGUUUUAUGCAAUGUUUUUCGGUGGAUUGGCCGACGACAAAUUGGAAAUAACAGUUCCAGAUGUAGAGCCUCAGGCAUUUUUAACAUUAUUGAAAUACCUUUACUGUGAUGAAAUUCAAUUAGAAGCCGAUAAUGUAUUGGCCACAUUGUACGUAGCCAAAAAGUAUAUAGUCCCACACUUGGCCCGCGCCUGCGUCAAUUAUUUGGAAACUAGUCUGACAGCGAAAAACGCUUGCUUAUUGCUCAGCCAAUCAAGACUGUUCGAGGAACCGGAUCUCAUGGCACGAUGUUGGGAGGUGAUCGAUGCACAGGCAGAAAUGGCCAUCAAAUCGGAGGGAUUCGUUGAUAUCGACAUGAAAACAUUCGAGUCGAUCCUUGCUAGAGAAACACUUAACUGCAAAGAGAUCUGUCUGUUCGAAGCGGCCCUAAACUGGGCCCAAUCAGCUUGUACCAAAAUGGAAAUCGAUCCGACGUCACAAAAUCGGCGCAACGUGCUCGGCUCUUCGCUGCAACUUAUACGAAUACCCACAAUGACACUGGAAGAAUACGCGAAUGGCGUUGCGCAGCUGGGUAUACUGACGCCACAAGAAACGAUUGACAUAUUCCUGCAUUUCACUGCAAAAAGUAAACCGAUGCUGGAUUUUACGACCAAACCGAGAGCUGGUUUAAAAACACAAGUUUGUCAUCGAUUUUUGUCAUGCGCCUAUCGAUGCAACCAGUGGAGGUAUCGUGGUCGUUGUGAUAGUAUUCAAUUUUCAGUGGACAAACGAAUUUUUAUCGUCGGCUUCGGAUUGUAUGGUUCGUCGACGGGGGCAGCCGAUUACAAUGUUAAAAUUGAAUUGAAACGAUUGGGCAGAGUGUUGGCGGAAAAUAAUACGAAAUUCUUUUCGGACGGUUCCAGCAACACAUUCCACGUCUUCUUCGACAAUCCCAUUCAAAUCGAACCGGAUCUGUACUACACGGCAUCGGUUAUUUUAAAUGGAUCGGAACUGAGCUUCUUCGGACAGGAAGGUAUGACGGAAGUAUGUAUGGGAAAUGUUACGUUCCAGUUUCAGUGUUCGUCGGAGAGUACAAAUGGUACGGGCGUACAGGGUGGCCAAAUACCGGAAUUGAUUUUCUACGGGCCAAUGGUUACGAACAGUGGCAGUAAUAGCAAUAUUGCUACGCCCAUUGCUGGAUGUUCGAGUGCAUCGAUGAAUGGGAGUGGUGGUGGUGGUGGUGUCGGUGGUAGUUCAAUAUCGUCAUCAAAUAACAGUAACAAUCGCAGUAAUAACAAUGAAGGUGAUUGAAGUCAGUACGACGAUUGAUGACGGAAUAGCGAACCAUUUUUUUUUUCGCAUUUGAACUGGGAAACAAUCAGCCAAAUUAAGUGAAUUUUGUUUCUAUAAAAGGAGAUUCACUGAAUCUGAUUUAGUGAUCAUUGAUAGUCCGUUAAUAUUUAUUAUGUUUAGCAUGGAAAAGACCUACAUUAUGCACAAGAUACGAUCUUCUUUAAAUGUUUUUUUGAUUUAAAACUUUUCGAAAUAUUGUAACCUCUGCUUUCGUAGAAAUUCGCAUAAAAGACAAUUUACUUAUGGAAACCAAUUCUUGAAGAGAAUUCACAUUAAACAACCUAUUUAUGAUAAAGAGAAACACGAAGAGGAAAUUGUAGAACUAAGAACUGCAAACGGUUUCGAACAUACAGCGUGAUUGAGAUUUUAAAAAAAAAUCUCGGAAAAGUCAAACAUGAAUUUUGACUUACUGCGGCUAAGUUGUAAUUAUAAUGAAGUAGAGACUUAAGACAAAACUAUUCAGACAUUAAAAUUAAACAAAGAAAAUUCUCUCAA